UCUUUCUCUCUCUCUUUUUGCCUCCCUCUUUGUCUCUCUUGCUCACGGCCCACUGAUAUCGCGAGAGGUCGCGGCAUAAGGGAGAGGGAGAGACAGGUAAGCAGUGUACACGAAGGCCCCAGGUAGGAUAGAGAGAGGGCCCCGCGCGAGACCGACGGAAAGAGAGAAAGAGAGAGAGAGAGAGGGGCACCUAAAGCGACGCAGUGCACGGUGGAGGGAGGUCGGCGAAGCGGAGGUGAAGCGCGACCGGCCCUCUCUACUCCAGAGGCCCAGGCUAGUCCAGUCCGGGACAGCACGCCUCCUGCUGCACGCUCCACGAGGUAGAACGACGAACGUAGACACGCCGACGUUAGGACCGGUACGACGUUACGCGCGCGGGCCCAACUUCGAACGCGUAAGACCCCCGGUUACUCGCCCUCCAUCACGCAUCGGCGCGCCGCGUCGUCACCCGUCGACCGCGACGAAUUUUGGCUUUUUACACGGAGGAAUCUCGUACGGGCAAGGGUAGCCUAGCCUUUCGGUAUCCUCGACGCUAUCGCUCGCGACAGAUUUGCUCACGGAACCUAACUGUCUCCUUUGUCACUCGUCGGCAAUCGGAUUGUGCCUUUGCUCGGACUUUGAUUUAAAUGAGUUGUUAUUCCUCGAAGUGUAUUCUUCAACGAUUCGUGUGGAGGAUGAUAUUUUCUGGGAUUCUCUAAAGUUCAAAGAAGACACCGUGUUUCGACGAUGGAAAAUCCGAGAUAGAUCGCAGGACUUUAUCUUCAAGGUACACAGAACGAUUUUACGAAAAAAAAAAAGUGAAAAUACAAAUAUCAAUUUGGCUGUAUUUAAUCUCGAUAAGAGAAGUCUAUGACUCACGCUCGUGUGUAUUUCCGGGUCACGACUAAUCACAACUGAAUCGAUUGCCGAUUGGUUACUCCGUCAAAAAUCACAGCCGAUAUAUUCGAAGAUCCGUGACUUGCUUUCUCACCAAAGACGACACAUCGCCACCCACCCCCACCCACGGGCACCACGCGUCCAGCCACGCGAUCAGCGGGAUCAGCGAUCCGGAAGGUUUCGCACGGCAACGGUGACCAACGAGCCGGGUAUUCUUAAUGGACACCUGAUCCACGGUGAUUGACCACGUCGCCCAACUGCAUCGAGCUACAACGUUAUCAGGGUGACGAUGAUUCUACUCGAAUUCUAAAGCUCCUUUCAAAAUCAUCGAAAACCAUUUCGAGGAUCGUUCUGAGAUUUCGGUGCUUGAGGAACUAAUUUGUAGUCGCGAGUUAGCAAGGCUGUCGAAAAGAGAGAUUUACGUCAGGUGGUGCUGUGACAAUUUACACGUGUGCGGGUAUGAAAGAACGCUGUGAACGGUGCGACGGGCCACCCGAACGGUGAAGUGAAUCACCGCGGGGUGUUUAGUGAGCGCAAUUUCGAGAGACUUUAACGCCCGGCGAGAAGCUAACCGAGGAAUAUAACCAGGCAGCGAAGACGACUACGGUCACGACGACGACGACGACGACGACGAGGCUCUUCAUAUUCAGAAGGCGACGAGGAAUUGAACGGACGCCUCGUCCAAUUCGGCGAGGUGUUGUCCGAGAUAGAGGAGGGUGGCGGGAGAAGAGGGUUGAAAGAAGAGUGGCGUGCUAUGAUCAGCAUGGAGCUUCCGGCACACGCGACGCAGCACGGUGCUCUACACCUGGGGGUCGGAGUCGGGGUCAAUCCGGGUGACCCAGCCGGAAGUGCCUUAGCCGCCAUUCACUCGCAUCCCCAGGACCCUCUAGCCCUCCACCAUCAUAAUCACGGCGCUACGACACCCGGAGGUAUGCAUGAGGACUCCAAGAAAAAACAUGAUGGCGGCCACGGAAUGAACCAGGACGGUCAUGGCGGAGUCAACCAACUCGGCGGCGUCUUUGUGAACGGAAGGCCCCUACCGGAUGUAGUCAGGCAGAGGAUCGUCGAGCUCGCGCACAGCGGCGUCCGACCGUGCGACAUUUCGAGACAACUCAGGGUAUCUCAUGGCUGUGUAUCCAAGAUACUGUCGAGGUAUUAUGAGACCGGUAGCUUCAAGGCCGGUGUCAUAGGAGGCUCCAAGCCGAAAGUAGCAACGCCGCCGGUCGUCGACGCGAUUGCUAAUUACAAGAGGGACAAUCCAACGAUGUUCGCGUGGGAGAUCAGGGACAGAUUGCUGGCCGAAGGCAUUUGCUCGCAGGACAACGUGCCAUCCGUCUCUUCCAUCAAUCGAAUCGUGAGGAACAAGGCGGCGGAGAAGGCGAAACACGCGCAUCAGCAACAGCAGGCACAGCAGCAGCAAGGUCAACAGCAAGGCCAACCGGGAUCGGGUGGUUCCGUGUCGGUGAUAGCACAUGCACCUGCGACGGCGGCAGGUCAUCCCGCUGCCACCGCUCCCAACGCCUACAGCAUCAGUGGCAUUCUGGGCAUCCCGGCACACCAUCAGGAUCCCAAUGGUAACAGCAUCAAGAGGAAACGCAGCGUUGACGAUGAUAAUCGCGAGCUGAAUGAUCACGCCGAGAAUGAUUUGAAAAGGCAAAGGAACAACUACAAUGGUGAUCAACUGUAUUCAAACCUGUGGUCGAGUAAAUGGAGCAUCAAGGACGAGCACAAGCUCCUGAGCGAGCUUGGUGGCGGAGGCGGCGGUACGACCGGUGGUACAAACGGCGGUGGAAACGGCGGCGGUGGAAAUGGCGGCGGUGGCGGUGGUGGUGGCGGCGGCGGCGGUGGCGGCGGCGGCGGCGGCACUGGGGGCAGCAGUGGCGGAGGCGGCGGUUAUUACGAACACAGCGGAUUCCCCGGGAACGCUAUUGCCACCUCCGCCGAGCUCUACGACUCCCUGGGCACCAUCAGCACGAUGACGCAGGCGCAAACGCCUCAUCUUUACACCCCGCCCAUAGGGGGCACCAUAGCAGGUGGUACUUUGACGCCGCUCGCGCCACUGACGAUGCAAGAACUAAAAUUGAGCCAAACAUUGGACGGGGCUAACAUGUCUCCUUACCACACCACCGCAGAGAGCAGUACCGUCGCAGUAUCGUAUGUCGGGGUGGGGGCCGGUGGGGGCGAGCAAAGUCCCCCGAUUUCGUUGCAGAAUGAGACAAACGCCACCCCCGCGGCCCCCAACACCCCCGGAGGGGAUCCCGGACUGACGGUCUUGCAGCCGCCAGUUUCUCAGCCCCAGGUAGCCUCUGCGAUACCACCGUAUUCGACGAUGCUUCCAAGUUUCGGACACUACGCCACCGGCGGUGGUGACUACGCGUAUAGCGCUGCAUAUUCCCAGUACUCAAGCGCACCGUACAGCGGCUAUGGUUAUGGAGCAGCGACAAGCGGGUUGCUCAACUCCACGUACUACUAUUGUAACGGAGACACGUCCAGUCAUACGUCGCAGCAGGGCGGCAGCGGCGGCGGCGGCGGUGGUUGCACUAAUGGUGGUCCGGAAAACAGUACCGACGUAGCUAGUCGUUCGCCUCUGGCGGCUACCAGGGCUAGCAGCGGGGCCAGCGCGGCUUCACCGACCGGAAGCGCCUGCACGAAGCCGGACCACACCUCUGCCACGCCGACGGAUCUCUACCUGGCUUGAUGGUCGAACUGUACGACGAGAGAACGGCUCUUGACCAUUGAACGUCCUCCAACGGUCAGCAAAGAGACAGCGAGCUACGACAACGGACGCCAUAUCACAAAGAGACACCAUUUCAAAACUAAGCAAUGAUCUCUUUUUAUUUUCUUCGGGAUACGCGAUGGAAGGUUCAGAGUACGAGGGAUAUCGAGGAAUCCACAUGGGAAGAUUAAAUAUAUCGAAGGAGAAGAUUAGAAUGAUUCCACUUCGACAUUUUUUACGCCGAUGAAGUGGCGUUUUCGAAGAAGAAACGUUAAAAUGAUUCUAGGAUUAACUGCAUUCGGAGUUCUGAUUUCCAUUCGCGUUCAAGAUGGAUGACAGGACUUGAAAAUUAGAUCUGAUCAAUGAGCGCGCUAUGUAAUUCCGCGUAAAACAAGCUUGACGCGAGUGACGGUCACGUCGGAACAUUGUCGUACAAAGUUUCCUCGUGUCGUCGUUGUUCCUCGCGUAGCAAGUUCUUCCCCCUUCACGUUUUAUUUAUUAAUCUUUGUAACCGAAGAAUUAUCGAUCGGUCGAUUUAUCAAUUGCCAAUGGCGGCGGUGCGAGCGAAUCUCGAAUGCUCGAAAACGUUGAAGACGGUAUCGCAGCUCUCUGGAGAGCCGCGGUAGUAGGUAGUUUAAUUAAUGAUCCUCAGUUAGUGUAAUUCACACGCGAUGGUCGUGACCGCCCUCGCGAGUCGCUGACCAUGUAAAUAUAUAUAAA